CAUUGUUUUACACUGACGAAGAAGAAAAAGUACACCGCAAGAUGGCGACUCCCAUGCACAGGAUAAUAGCCAGGAGACAAGCAGAGGCAAACAAGCAGAAUGUGCGGUGUCAGAAGUGUCUGGAGAUGGGGCACUGGACAUACGAAUGCACAGGGAAGAGAAAGUACGUGCACAGACCGUCCAGGACAGUGGAGAUGAAGAAGAAACUGAAGGAGAUCGAAAACAAACCUCUUGCCAUCACUGGACCUGGGACAGAAGAUUCGGCUGAGAAGAAAUCUAAAAAGAAGGCUAAAGACUCCAGUGGCAGCAGCAGUGACUCGGACAGCUCAUCCAGUGAAGAUUCCUCUGACAGCAGUGACUCCUCCAGCUCAUCGUCCGACAGCAGCAGCGACAGUGACGACUCUUCAUCGUCUUCAUCGUCUUCGUCCUCCUCUGACAGCUCCGACUCUGAGAGCAGCAGCGACUCAGACCAGGGCCCACCAAAGAAGAAGAAAAAGAAGAAAUAAAAUGGAAGCUUCCCCAGUAUUGCUGACUAGUAUGUUUGGGUUGUAGUUUGAGUCAUUUGGGCCUUAUCGGAUUGUUUUCAAAUUCUGUAAGGAGGAGCCAGUAUUUCUUUAUUCCCUCUAUGGUAUUUGCGAAAAGAUCGAAAAGGAAAAUUCACAAAUCUUGAAGCAGAUAGGUUAUAUCAAAAUGUGUAUUAUUCCUAUAUAUUAUACCACACAACAAAAUCAAUUAGUUUAUUUAUCUUGACUGAAUUAUAGGUCUGUGAAUGUUGGGACAUUAUCUAAAACCUAACUAACCCAUGUCUAAACUUUCUUAAAUUAAUAUUCAGGUGAACGCAUUGGUUUAUAAUAAAUCUGUAAUCACUGGGCCUAUAACCAUUAAAAAAAACAAAGAAAAAACACUGCCAUCUUUCAGUGCAAAUAAUCUAAGAUAAAAUGAAACACCUUUCCUUGUAGCAUCAAACUGACAUUCAGUUACUCAGGACAGAUGUCUUUUGAGUUUUGCAUGGGACAAAAUGAUGCUGGUGGGAAAUAUUUUAAUUAUAUUAGAUGUACAUAGUGUCUAGUAUCUUUUGCAUCUUCCCCUCUUUUCACCAACUGCUUCCAUAAAUAUCUGUUUUGGUAUGCGAUUAGGCUCAUGUCUCUACCCGUGUAAUGUACAUGAUUUAUAAUGCUGUUGUACUAUUGCUAAUUCUUUCCUCUCUAGUUUUAACCUAUUGGCUCAUGUUGCAAGAUUUUAUUUUUAAUAACAUGACUAUUGUCAUAUUUAAAGAGCAGUACACAUUGAAAUAUUUACUUGUUUCAUGCUUAGUUUGAAUGUUGAAGUUUAGUUGCAAAGGUGUACAUUUUUUUGUCAUGUUACAGGUUUAUUUUUUACGUCCAUCUUCUAAAUUAACAUGUUAAGAUGCAAGCUUUUGUACUAAAGUAUAUUUUAGCAUAGUAACAAAAUACACAUGCACAAUCAAGAUUAAUGUGAGCUUGUUCACAAAUUAAAAUGUUUAUUCACAUUUUAAGACUUGGUAAGAAAUGGGCUUGAUAAACUGUAAAAAUAAAGUUUCAAUUUUUUAUUUU